GUAUCAGGUACAUCCUCACCAUGGUUAGUUCAAAGCAUGUUUUGCAGUACUGUGACUCCAGAGACUGUGGAGAGCUGCUUGACGGCAGCGAUGGUGAUGAAGAGGAAAUACUUGUGUGUGGAGAAGAUUUAGAGCUUAAUCCUUUUGAUGGCUUGCCUUACUCCUCCCGUUAUUACAAACUUCUGAAAGAAAGAGAAGAGCUUCCAAUAUGGAAAGAGAAAUCUACUUUCAUGGAAAGUUUGCUCCGUAAUCAGAUCGUGAUUGUGUCAGGAGACGCUAAGACUGGCAAGAGUUCCCAGAUCCCCCAGUGGUGUGCCAAGCACUGCCUCUCUGCGCGGUGGCGGCACGGCGCGGUGGUGUGCACGCAGGUGCACAGGCAGACAGCAGUGUGGCUGGCCCUGCGUGUGGCUGACGAAAUGGAUGUCAACAUUGGCCAUGAAGUUGGGUAUUUCGUCCCCUUUGAAAGCUGCUGUAGCACAGAAACUAUCCUGAGAUACUGUACAGAUGAUAUGCUACAGAGGGAAAUGAUGUCUACACCUCUCCUGACCUACUAUGGGGUUAUUAUCUUGGAUGAUGUGCAUGAAAGAACUGUUGCAACAGAUGCACUGCUUGGCCUUCUGAAAGAUGUCUUGCUAGCAAGGCCAGACCUGAGGCUGGUGAUACUCACUGCCCCUCACAUGUCCAGCAGACUGCAGAGUUACUAUGGCAGCAUCCCUGUGAUCAGGGUGGAAAGCAAACACCAUGCAGAGGUUGUGUACUCCUGCAGCAUCCAGAAGAACCACUUUGAGGCUGCCCUAAGGCUGCUCUUUGAGAUACACCACACAAGGGAGAAGGGGGACAUUGUGAUCUUCCUGGCAUGUGAACAAGAAAUUGAAAAAGCUUAUCAAAUGAUCAGACAGGAACAGCCUAAUUUAAACCCUGACCUUGGAGAGCUCAUCCCCAUUCCUUUAUACCCCACAAAACAAGACCUAAUUCCCAAACCAGCCCAAGACAAACAGAAGUGUUGCAAAAAGUACAGAAGAAAAGUGCUGCUCACCAAAAGCUUUGGAGAGUCUUUGGUUUGGAUUAAAAACGUCACCUUUGUCAUCGAUGUUGGUGUUGAGAGAAGAAAGGUGUACAAUCCUAGAAUCAGAGCAGACUCUGUUAGGACACAGCCUAUCAGCCAAAGUCAAGCAGAGAUGCAUAAACAAAUUCUGGGCAUGUCUUCAUCAGGAAAACUCUUCUGUUUGUAUCCUGAAGAAUUCACGUACAAGGAAAUGAAACCACAUGUCCCAGCCAAAGUGCAGGAAUCAAACCUAACCAACAUGGUUCUGUUCCUGAAGAGGAUGGACAUCGCAGGCUUCACACACUGUGACUUCAUCACCAGCCCAGCUCCUGAAAGCCUGAUGCAGGCUCUAGAAGACCUUGAUUAUCUAGCAGCCCUGGAUAACGAUGGAAACCUUUCUGAAUUUGGAAUUAUUAUGUCAGAAUUUCCCCUGGACCCACAGCUGUCCAAGUCCAUUCUGGCUUCCUGUGAAUUUGAGUGUGUGGAUGAAAUGCUCACCAUUGCAGCCAUGGUAACAGCUCCUAAUUGCUUCUUACAUGGACCUCCUGGGACAGAGGAGAUUGCUGUGACUUGCUGGAGAAGGUUCUCACACCCUGCAGGAGAUCACUUUACUCUCAUCAAUGUCUUCAACGCCUUCAAGGAAGCUGCAGCAAACCCCACAAACCAAGAGCUCAGUAAUGAGAAAUGGUGUCGUGAUUACUUCCUAAGCUGCUCUGCACUGAGGAUGGCAGAAGUUAUCAGAGCUGAACUAGUGGAGAUUAUGAGGCGCAUUGAACUGCCCAUUUCAGAGCCAGACUUUGGAUCCAAAGCCAAUGUGCUGGGCAUAAAGAAAGCUCUCUUAUCUGGUUACUUCAUGCACAUUGCUCGUGAUGUAGAUGGCUCAGGUAACUACUUAAUGCUAGCACACAGACAAGUGGCCCAGCUCCAUCCCUUCUCAUCCUAUUACAACACCAGAAGGAUUCCUGAGUGGGUUUUGUUCCAUGAGUUUAGUAUCUCAGAAGGCAAUUCCAUCAGAGUCGUCUCCGAGAUCUCACCUGACCUAUUUGUGGAGCUGGUGCCUCAGUAUUAUUUCAGCAACCUUCCUCCUAGUGAAAGUAAGGAUAUUCUGCAGGAAGUGAUCAACCACUUGUCACCUGUUUCAGCCAUGAAGGAGAAACAGAAAACCACCAAUGACAACAAAGAAAAUGAAGAAUUUCCCCAAACUCCCUCUGAACAGAGAUGUGUUAUCCAGUGA